UGUAACUAUCGCCAUCUCUUAGAUUACUUAAGAGAUGAACAUUGUUUUAUUCUUUUGUAGGUGGCGUUGAGAAUUAAUCUGUUUCUCUUUCAAUUUGUUCUGAGAUUUUGAUGACAAAAGUGAUUAGAUAUUUUUCGGUGUUGGUUGUUUUUUUCUAGUGAAUUAUUAUUCCAAUGAUUAUUUUAUGAUUUUUUUUUGCGGAAUUAAUACUGAGCUUACUUCUUUGCGAUCAUUAAGUCGAAGAAUUCGUAACAAAAUAGUUAAAGCUUUCGACUUAUCUGGACGAAACAUCGCUUUGAUCUGAGAAUUGUAGAUAUUUCUAGUCUGUAAAAGUCUGAUUUUCUGAACGCGCAUAAAAAGUUGUCUUUAAACUCUUAAUUUCAUACAUGAAAAGUCUACCAAUGCUAAGAAAAAGUGAUCUAAAGUUACAACUUUGAACGCGAUUAGCUAAUCUUUUGUUGAUCAAAUUUUUCUACUAAUUAACUUUAACAAAUUCAACUGAUUAAUGAUUCAAAAAAAAAUGGGUUAUAACUGAAUUGGAAUUUAAUUUACUUAAAUUACGAUCAAAUCAAAGCGAACACGAGCUUAAUUAAUGGUUGUGAUUAUGAGAAAUAAACUAAUCUAAAUGACCAAAGUUGAUUGUUAACAUUGAGAAUUUGUGUUGAGAGUUUGCAGAGAAAAAGAAAGAGAAAAAAGAAAGAAGAAGAGGCGGAGCCUAAAAUCACGCCACUUCUCUUGUGUUGUUGGUUGAUCACUGGAAGAAAACUUUUCUUAUUUAGAAAAUGACAAUUAACUGUUCGUAACCAAAUAAUUAAGUUAAUUUGCUGAUUUUGUUCCGGUUGAUUGUUAUUAAAUUUCUAUUUCCUCCUGUUAGCCAGCUUGAUCAGUUUUCUAUUGGGUAAACUUGACCUGUGAUAUUUGAAAAUUGUUUUUCUUUUUAUUUCAUUUUCUCUUGUGUGUCAAAUUGACUAGAAUAAUAUUGUUAUUAUGGUUCUCUUUGUUGUCUCUCUAUCUAAAGUCGCUUUACCACCGAUAAUCAAUGGUGAAGGUGCUUUCUUUGCUCGACAUUUGUCCACCAUGACAUCUACUCAUCACUUCUGGAGAACCCCAGCAGAAAAGAAAGAAUUUAAAGCCCGACGACAAUUGCUGAAUACUCUACGUUGGCAUGGAACAUCAACUCAGGGUAAACCGAACGAACCCAAUUUGGCCUUCGUUAAACACAUAACCAUUCAAACCUGUGGACCUUUGUACCAGAAUUGGAGAGAGACCAGAAAAUCUUACGCUGGUGCACCGAAAGAAGGAUUAACUUUUAAUGUUGAAUAUGUUGAUACUAAAGAUUUUACUAAUAGUGAUAAAGCUCUUGUUCUUGCUCUUCAUGGAUCCCCUGGAUCGCAUAAGGAUUUUCACCCCUUGAUUAAUCAUUUAGCACCUAAAGGGGUUCGUCUGAUAGCACCAAAUUUUCCUGAAUAUUCUGCAAUCGAUCGGACAAAAUACUUUCAACAUUCAUGCCAUGAAAAGAGAGAAUAUCUUAGAGACUUCCUCAAAUCGAUUGACGUUGACAAAUUAGAUAUGCUUGUGACUCAUAGUAGUGCCGUUUUUCCAGCAUUGGAUAUGUGGGCUAAUGGAGGUUUUCCAAUACGAUCUUUCACCUUGAUUAAUCCUGCUGGACAUCGUCGUAUUGUCGGAAUGAAACCAGCCUGGUUUAUUGAUAAUCUUAUCCGAUGUGCUCUUAAUCCAGUGGGUCGAGCUAUUUUCCGUAAAAUUGGUAAAAUAAUUUUCAAAUUGAAAGGAGUCGCCGUUCGAGUUGACUCUUUGGACGAUGUCAUUCACGCAGGAACGGUCAUGUUUUUAUCAGAAUCAGAGAAAUUAUCAGGAUAUUUGGAAACCUUGAGGCAACAAAAAUCCAAUUUAUUGUACAUAUACAGUGAGAACGAUAAACUGGUAGAAAAGGACAUUUUCUGUGAAAUGGCCCAGAUUCUCGAUGCCAAGGAAUCUCAAUACACCAAAUAUGAUGGCGAAGGGAAAUGCAUCGUCCGAGGUUCUCAAGAUGAUUGGAUGAAAAUAAUUCAAUUCCAACGAGGUGGACAUUAUGCAUUUUUGAAAUUCGCAAAUAUUGUUAACCCUGCAAUCGAACAACUUCUCGUUGAUGUUACUCGACAACAGAAACAAAUCGAACUUGAAGUAGAUUCGAUCGGCUGUCAAUCGAAACAAUCAUUGAAAUAUUCUAAUCAAAGUUAUAUGUUAUGAUAUGGUAACAACAUAUUGAUUGGUUGCAUAGAUAUACUUCAUGUAGAUAAUCAGAUAAUAAAUUUAAAUUUCCAAUACUCUA